AUGACAGAUAAUAACAAAUUUUUAAAACCGCUUAUAGAAAAAACUUAUGAAGUUGCUCAAGCAGAGCAAACUGAACAAAGGCAAGAAGCAAAAGAUAAAAAAUACCAAUUCACUACUAAUUGGUUUGGGCCACAUGCUCCUAACGGUUACGACCACGAGAAGACUUUUCGGGAAAACAUCCAAAAAUCAGGCAAAGAAAAUCAAGUGGAAAUUAUCAAAGGCAAGUCCUUCGAUGCACUUACUAAACUGAAUCACAAAAAAGAAGAGCAAUUCGAUUUUAUUUAUAUUGAUGGUUCUCAUGACGCUCAAGAUGUUUUAGCAGACGCAAUUUUGUCUUGA